CAGCUUUAGGAUACAUCUGAAAAUCCCGAAGACGGUAUUGGGCCUUCUUGUGUAAGAAGAGUGAGUAUCUACAUCCUUCAGAAUGCCCAACUCCAAUGCUAAAUUUCAUAGUAACCAUAGAGGUGGUCAGGAAGCUGGCAGGCGGGAGUUGGUGUCCAGGUCUUUGCAGAGUGCUCAGCAUUGCCUGGAGGACCAGGAUUUUGGAACUGCAUAUGCUCACUAUCUGCUAGUACUAAAUCUAGCUCCCGAGUUAAAAACUAGUGUCAAAGAAACAUUUCAGUUUAGCCUCUUUAAAUGGGCAGAAGAGCUAGAUUCUCUGGCACGGAUUCAAGAUCUGUUUAACUGUUAUGAGCAAGCACUUGAACUGUAUCCGAACGAUGAAGUGAUAUGUAAUAGUAUGGGAGAACAUCUUUUCAGGAUGGGCUUUAGAGAUGAAGCAGCUGGAUAUUUUCAUAAAGCAGUGAAGCUUAACCCAGAUUUUGCUGAUGCAAAGGAAAAUUUUUACCGUGUUGCAAACUGGCUUGUGGAACGCUGGCACUUCAUCAUGCUCAACGAUACCAAGAGGAACCUUACUUACCUAAAAGCAAUUGAGAACGCUGUCCUCUCAGGGUGCAAAUCUGUCCUUGAUAUUGGAACAGGAACAGGUAUUUUGAGUAUGUUUGCAAAAAAGGCAGGAGCAUCCUUUGUCUAUGCCUGUGAAUUAUCAAAAACAAUGUAUGAACUUGCCUGUGAUGUGGUGGCAGCAAAUAAUAUGGAAAGGGAGAUCAAACUUCUUCAUCUGAAGUCACUUGAUAUAGAAAUUCCAAAGCACAUACCUGAAAGAGUUUCGUUGGUUGUCACAGAAACAGUUGAUGCUGGUUUAUUUGGAGAAGGAAUUGUGGAGAGCUUGAUACAUGCUUGGGAACAUCUACUUUUAGAACCAAAGCCUAAAAAUCAAGAUGUCAGUACUGGAGACUAUGGCAGAGUUAUUCCUGCAAGUGCUACAAUAUUUGGGAUGGCAGUGGAGUGCAAAGAGAUACGUAGACAUCACAG